AUGAGUCCAUUCACACUGGCUCAUGUUACCUUUCUCCCAUCUGCUUCUAUUUCUUCCCACCCCACCCCAACACCAGCCGAGCUCCCAGCUCCCAGCCAAGCUCCCAGCCCAGGACCCAGCCUAGCGUCCAGCCCCCGGCCCAGCUCUUGGCCCAGCUCCCAGCCCAGUGCCCAGCUCCCGGCCCAGCUCCCAGCCCAGCUCCCGGCCCAGCACCCAGCCCAGCCUCCAGCUCCCAGGCCAGCUCCCAGCCCAGCACCCAGCCCAGUGUCCAGCUCCCAGCCCAGCUCCCAGCCCAGCACCCAGCCCAGCGUCCAGCACCCAGCCCAGCUCCCAGCCCAGCACCCAGCCCAGCACCCAGCCCAGUGUCCAGCUCCCGGCCCAGCUCCCAGCCCAGCUCUCAGCCCAGCACCCAGCCCAGCGUCCAGCUCCCGGCCCAGCUCCCAGCCCAGCUCCCAUCCUAGCGCCCAGCACCCAACCCAGCGCCCAGCACCCAGCCCAGCGUCCAGCUCCCAGCCCAGCUCCCAGCUCAGCACCCAGCCCAGCGUCCAGCUCCCAGCCCAGCACCCAGCCCAGUGUCCAGCUCCCGGCCCAGCUCCCAGCCCAGCUCCCAGCCCAGCACCCAGCCCAGCGUCCAGCUCCCGGCCCAGCUCCCAGCCCAGCUCCCAUCCUAGCGCCCAGCACCCAGCCCAGCGCCCAGCACCCAGCCCAGCGUCCAGCUCCCGGCCCAGCUUCCAGCCCAGCUCCCAGCCCAGCUCCCAGCCCAGCGUCCAGCUCCCAGCCAAGCUCCCAGCCCAGCACCCAGCCCAGCGUCCAGCUCCCGGCCCAGCUCCCAGCCCAGCUCCCAGCCCAGCUCCCAGCCCAGCUCCCAGCCCAGCACCCAGCCCAGCGUCCAGCUCCCAGCCCAGCUCCCAGCUCAGCACCCAGCCCAGCGUCCAGCUCCCAGCCCAGCACCCAGCCCAGCACCCAGCCCAGCACCCAGUGUCCAGCUCCCGGCCCAGCUCCCAGCCCAGCUCCCAGCCCAGCUCCCAGCCCAGCACCCAGCCCAGCGUCCAGCCCAGCGCCCAGCACCCAGCCCAGCGUCCAGCUCCCAGCCAGCCAUCAACAGGAUGA